AUGAUUGCAGAAUUGAGGAGGGAAGCAGCCCUGGAAUCUCAGGCCCAGACUCCCCACUGUAAGGAGGGGCCCCUGACGGGUAGCCCCCAGGGGGACAGGGCCUGGGGGAGCGAAUCUGGCCGACACGGGAACGAGGAGCUCUCCCGCCGGCGCUUCCGGUGGUUCCGCUACCAGGAGGCGUCCGGGCCCCGCGAGGCCCUGGAGCGGCUGCGGGAGCUGUGCCAUCGCUGGCUGAGGCCGGACCGGCACACCAAGAAGCAGAUCCUGGAGCUGCUGGUGCUGGACCAGUUCCUGGCCAUCCUGCCUGCAGACACCCAGGUCUGGGUGCAAAUCCAGAGCCCCGAGAACGGGGAGGAGGCGGUGGCCCUGGUGGAAGAUUUAGAGGAAGACUUCAGCAGGACACCUCAGUGGCUCCGCCAGCUCCACGGGGAGCUGCUCUUCCCCAGGACACGAGCCUGGAAGACGAGGCAGCGGCUGCCGCCCUUGAAGAAACCAGGCCUCAGGUGA